GCGGUAGGACAGAGGCAUCCAUCCUCUUUACAAAACAUUGACAUUUAUAGAUUCGACCGGCCGUAGAACCCCAAUAAUCUUGUCCCCCGACGACGCCAGCGAGAACGAGAUCGCCGCCGAUGACGCUCGGGAGCUCGGCCGGAUCGAGCGUCGUCGUUCCGAGGAACUUCAGGCUACUGGAGGAACUUGAGCGAGGAGAAAAGGGCAUCGGAGACGGGACAGUUAGCUAUGGAAUGGAUGAUAGUGAUGAUAUAUACAUGCGCUCGUGGACCGGCACAAUAAUUGGGCCCCACAAUUCUGUACAUGAGGGCCGCAUUUAUCAGCUCAAGCUGUUCUGUGACAAGGACUAUCCCGAUAAACCACCGAGUGUUCGAUUCCACUCACGCGUCAACAUGACUUGUGUUCACCACGAGACGGGAGUGGUUGACCCGAAGAAAUUCGGCUUACUGGCGAAUUGGCAACGCGAGCACACAAUGGAGGACAUACUAACGCAGCUUAAGAAAGAAAUGGCCGCGCCGCAUAACCGAAAGUUAGUUCAGCCUCCGGAGGGGACAUUCUUCUAAAAUCACUGGUUCUCGUUCUCUCCCUCGCUCUCGCUAUCUUUUUAUGGAAGGCAUUCUCAUGCAUGGGUUUAAGAACUCGGAAGUCGUCUCUUUACUAUAUAUGCUUGGGGUCGAAUGUUUGCUAUGAUAUAUAUUGGCUGUUGAAAGUAACUGAUCUAUAAAUGCGUAGAUUAUAUAGAUAUAUAAGCUCCCUAUUUUCUCCUUUCAGUUUGUUAUAAGGAGGAUGAUAAAAUCUUUGGGAACUCAAAAUUGCAAUGGUAUCUGAUAAGUUUGCUCCAUUGUUGAAUGGCUUGAUGUAUCUUGAUCUCUAUAUGUGUGCGCGCGCGCGCGCCACCGUGUUCUUUGUAUGAGAAUGUUAUUGUGAGAAAUAUCUUGAUC